GAGAAAAAAAAGAGGUGAAUUAUACCUACUCUAUUACCCUACUGUCAUACUACCAUACCUAGUAUGGCAUGUCCCUAGUAGAUAUCACAGUCCACAGUCCACAGUCCAUAUCCCAUUCUCAUUCUCAUUCUCAUUCUCAUUCUCAUUCGCAUUCGCAUUUCUCCUCCAAAACUUCCGAUGGUCGCAUCAACAAUUCGAAUUCAAAUUAAAACAUACCGCCACUCUCCUUUUUCUUUCUCUUUCUCUUUCUCUUUCUCUUUCUCUUUCCCUUGAGCUCUUUAAUACCUUUGAUAUCUCGCUCGCUGGUGAUACAUCCACCAAGUCUUUCUUUUACCUUUCAACCCUUACAAGAUUGCUGUAAUUUGCCUACGACCUAGGUGAUUACAACAACAACACCAACUUACUCAACAAAAAAGAAAGGAUAGAUAGAAUCCAUUCAUUUGGCUUCCUAUUUUCCCUACAUCUUUCCCCUUUUCGAAUCCCUCACGAAGUCGAUAUACUUCUCCUUCUCCAUCAACCGAUCAUUGUCUCUUCACCAAAACAUCUCUGCGUCGCAGACAUUCAGAAAUCAUCAUGGAUAUCGCAUUGGAAGUGACCGACAAAUACUUCUUCGAUCAUUUCUACUCCGCCCUCUUGCCCGCAAAACCUAUACUGUUGAAUGCCAUUGGAGAACAAAUCAAUGGCACAACCCUCGAUCCGAAAACGGCUUCAACAUGGCAAUACCAUCCCUCGAAUUCUUUUCUUCAGUUUGAACCCACAGAUGCCGCUUAUACGAGUCAAUGGGAUAGAGAUAAUAUCUUUCGACAAGCUUUCUCACUGUUCCUGAUUACUUGGAUCGCAGGUGCAGCCAUUUACUUCACAAUCUCUACCCUCUCGUACUUAUUCGUCUUCGACAAAACUACCUUUCAACAUCCCAAAUUCCUCAAAAAUCAAAUCCGCAUGGAAAUUUCUCAAGCGUGUAACUCGAUGCCUUUAAUGUCCAUUCUCACUACACCCUUCUUCCUCGCAGAAGUGAGAGGCUAUUCAAAACUAUACGAUCUUACAUCUGAAGGACCGGGUAUGUGGUACAACUGGUUCCAAUUUCCACUUUUCCUCCUCUUCACAGAUUGUUUCGUCUAUUUCAUUCAUCGCGGUCUCCAUCAUCCUUCCGUAUACAAGACACUUCAUAAACCACAUCACAAAUGGAUUAUGCCCACUCCUUACGCUUCAAUUGCAUUUCAUCCCGUAGAUGGCUGGAUGCAAUCUCUCCCUUACCACGUCUUUCCCUUCAUCUUCCCACUUCAGAAAUUCGCAUACCUAGGUCUCUUCUUCUUCGUACAAGUCUGGACGGUGUUUAUUCAUGAUGGAGAAUAUGUGGCCAACAGUCCGAUUUUGAAUGGAGCCGCCUGUCAUACGAUGCAUCAUCUUUACUUCAAUUAUAAUUACGGUCAAUAUACAACACUUUGGGAUAGAUUGGGAGGUAGUUAUAGAAAACCAAAUGAGGAACUUUUCAGGAGGGAAAGUAAGAUGGGGCAAAAGGAGUGGGAGAGACAAGUUGCGGAAAUGGAGAAGCAGGUUUUGGAGGCGGAAGGAGAAGAUGACAGAGUUUAUGGUGGUGGUGUGGAGAAGAAGAUGAAUUAGUUGAAAUUUGGAGGAUUGGAAAGACAUGUACAUAUGUCAAGUGGUUUUUUGAGUGGGUGGGAGAGGAAUGGGAACAGAAGGAGGUGCAGUGAUUGUAUAUAUUGCAUGGUAUGACAUGAAAUAGCAUUUUUGAUGUAGAUUCAUGUUGGUUUGAAAAUAAUGGAUGGAUGGAUGGAUGGAUGGAAAUGAUUUGCAUAUGAAGGCGUUUAGUUGUUAAGAAUUAUGGUAGAUAUAUUAAUGUGGGUGGUUAGAUGAUGGGGGGAUAGGUGAUGAGCGGGAUGAGGGUAGGUGGUAAAAAAUGGAUAGAGAUAAGAAUUAUGUAUCUAUCCUAUUUACUUCACCUCAUCUUUUCUGUUUGUUGGAUCACUUGUGUGCUUUACUUUACUUUAUUUUAUUUUACUUUGUUUAUUUAAUUUCAUGAUUUGAAUUUUUUUGGUUUGACUUGGUUUUUGUAUGUGCUUUGUGCUUUGUGGUGUAUGGUUUUUGGUUGUGUUUUUGGUUGUAGUUUGUUAUACAUGUCUGUUUAUUUACUUGGAUGGGAUGGAAUGGAUGGGAUAGGAUAGGACGGGAUGGAGGGGGGGCUUAGAGAUGGAUGAGUGUGUAUAAUAAAUAUGAAUGAGAUGGAUGGGAUGUGUAAAGAUGAGAUGGCUGUGUAAAGAUGUAUAGGUGUAAAGAUGAAAGGGUGUGUAAAGAUAGGAUAAUUAGGUAUAUAAAGAUGGAUGAGAUGGACGAGAUAAUGAAUAUCUUUUUUGGAAGAGGGGUUUAUUUAUUAAUAACA